CGUGGGUCAUGUGUAACAAUGGCCGAUGAGACAUCCAAACAGCAGCCCGUGCUCAUGAAAAAGCUGAACAACACUCUUAAAAGUAGCACUACUUUGCUGGCUGGAGUGGCGAGGACCCCAAACGGCAUACCAGCGUUGCCGGACACGGACAGCAAUGACGACAUCGCGAUUGGCGCGCUCGCACGGAAAUAAAUGCACGACCACUUCAGAAUGAGCAGAGUGCUGAUUUCUAGUAUCAUUGUUUACAUAGUUACCUUGGUGCUGGUAUAGAUCUACUUAGUUGUGGCUAUGUUGAGGUGCGUUUUCGAACUUCGAAGCAAGGUUUUCGCGGCAAAUCGGACAGUUUCAUCUUCCAUUAAUUGCUCUAGAAUGGAUGUUGGAUGAUUAUAUGUUGCUUUGGAGGAGCGGUGGGCUUGGAGGCGCGGUGGCGUGUGGACCUCUGACUUCCGGUCGCGCGGGAGCAUCCUUUGAGGAGUUUUGGAAGAAGCUACCGAAGGCGGUGGUUGCCCAGUCUAGUCAAAAUUUCGAGGUCCUGCAGCUUGCAGACGGUACUGCAUUCCCAGAUCCUGGCCAUUCCACGACUUUGCUUGUUCGCCCAUGCUACCACACCCUGUGUAAGAAGAUCUUUGCAUCUGUGGGCAAGUCUGAUCCCCCCUCCCGCCAAGUCCUCAUUCGCGGCACGCCAGGUAUUGGCAAGAGCACUUUCCUGGACUACUUGCUUUAUCAGCUGGCAUGCCGGGGUGAAACCGUCGUGUGGUGCAGCAAGGCCGUGAAACGUGCACUGCUGUUUACACCCAACGGUGUGUUCGAGGCAGCCUCCACUGCAGCUUUUGACAAGGAGCUAGCAGAUCCGAGAACAUGGUUCAUAUGUGACGCGGUGGAGCCUGAGUCCACGAAGGCAAUUACUGUUAUGGCAUCAUCUCCACGCAAAUCGAACUACAACGAAUAUGCCAAGCAAGCUGGCCUGAGGUUAUGGAUGGGCCCCUGGUCCUAUGUGGAGCUGGAGGCAGCACGUGGCAUCAUGUUCUCUUCGGUCAGCAAAGCUAAACUGUCAGAGCUGUAUGCUCGGUGGGGCGGCAUCCCACGUUACGUCCUGAAGUACGCAGCCAACCCCGAACUGCAGGAGGAGCUUGAUGCAGCGGUGGCAACCGUUAAUAUGGAUCUCUUGUGGAAAUCCGUAGGCAACAUUGAGGCUGCACCGGAUGUCAGCCACAAACUGAUCCACGUCGAGGUGGAUGAGAACUGCAGCAGGAAACGCCUAGUCUUUGGCUCCGGGAUGAUCGGCCAGCGUGUGAUGCAGGAGUUGCAUCGGCAGGGUACUGCUGAGUUGGCCAAAUUCGUUAAGUGGUCCGCUGGCAGACCAGAUUUGGCCUCACUUAGAGGCAUAAUGUUCCAGGGGCUAGCACAUUACUUGCUGUGCCGGGGCGGCUCGUUUCGUAUGCGCAGCCUUUCUAACCCCGGAGAGCAGGAGGUCAGCCUGGAGGUGCCGGAAAUGGAGUUGAUGGAGGUGCAGGACAGCGACCUCAAAAAAAUCAGCCCCACAACAAAAGGGUCUGGGCUCCUGGUGCCGGUGGCGAGGAACUUCGCCGGCGUGGACAGCUUUUUGAUUUUGCCUGACAGCAACGGCAAGGCAGCGCGACUGCUCCUUAUCCAGGUGACUGUCUCUGCCAAUCACCGUAUUAGCGCGUCAGGGCUGCAAACCUCCAUGCGGAAACUGUCCAGGGACCUGAAGGGGCUCAAGCGCGAAAUGUACUUUGCAGUGCCGCCCGACCUGUUCAAGCAGUUCAGGAAGCAACAGUUUGAGGGGGCAGCUAAGGACUCCAUCGAGAUCGAUCAGUUUGCCAUCGAGAUCCCCCUGCCCUGGAAGCUGCAGCAGCAGCAGCAACUUUCCGACUGCUGGCAGAGGUGGCCAUGUUGCGCCGUCUGCUUUGAGCAGGUCCCCAACGGGCAUCUCAAUUCCGAGGCGCAGCCAUCUGCCACGGUUGAAUCCGCGCAUGGUCAUCCUUCCGAAGCCGCAUAUCUCGAGCAUCUCCUCUGCUGCCCCCAGUUGGCGGUGAUGGUGUCGCCACUGCAGCUGUGGCAGCUGCAUCCGCUGGUGAUGGCUGGUAUGGUGGCCGCUGUGGAUGUGGAUGAGAACUGCAGCAGGAAACGCCUAGUCUUUGGCUCCGGGAUGAUCGGCCAGCGUGUGAUGCAGGAGUUGCAUCGGCAGGGUACUGCUGAGUUGGCCAAAUUCGUUAAGUGGUCCGCUGGCAGACCAGAUUUGGCCUCACUUAGAGGCAUAAUGUUCCAGGGGCUAGCACAUUACUUGCUGUGCCGGGGCGGCUCGUUUCGUAUGCGCAGCCUUUCUAACCCCGGAGAGCAGGAGGUCAGCCUGGAGGUGCCGGAAAUGGAGUUGAUGGAGGUGCAGGACAGCGACCUCAAAAAAAUCAGCCCCACAACAAAAGGGUCUGGGCUCCUGGUGCCGGUGGCGAGGAACUUUCCUGCCGUGGACAGCUUUUUGAUUUUGCCUGACAGCAACGGCAAGGCAGCGCGACUGCUCCUUAUCCAGGUGACUGUCUCUGCCAAUCACCGUAUUAGCGCGUCAGGGCUGCAAACCUCCAUGCGGAAACUGUCCAGGGACCUGAAGGGGCUCAAGCGCGAAAUGUACUUUGCAGUGCCGCCCGACCUGUUCAAGCAGUUCAGGAAGCAACAGUUUGAGGGGGCAGCUAAGGACUCCAUCGAGAUCGAUCAGUUUGCCAUCGAGAUCCCCCUGUGGGCGGUGAUGGUGUCGCCACUGCAGCUGUGGCAGCUGCAUCCGCUGGUGAUGGCUGGUAUGGUGGCCGCUGUGGAUGUGGGCACAAGGUUGUGAACGUCAGAGGCUUAGAAAUCUAGUCGGUGGCUUUGCUUGUUUUGGUCACCAUGGCAUGAUGCCUUAUUGGGCCCUCUAGACAUGCAGAUUCAUGUUAACGGUUGGGCUCGCAGCUGGUGUGUACCUGGGGACUGGUCAUUGCUGGGCAUUUGCUCAUUUGCUGGUGUUGCAGGUUGUGUAGAUAUAGGCACAGAUGGGCAUGUAUCUGUAAGUGCGCUGAGUUGUACAAGGAAACAGCUACAGAUAUGAGUGGUAGCAUGGGCGGAGUAGGUUUGUACGGCUGAAUAUGUGUACACUUGUGUACGGCUGAAUACAUGCCUUGGCAUCUCUGAACGGGCCUGCAUGUGUUGGACUGCUGUUGGGGGUGCUGGCUGUGAGGUGUUUGCAGCUCAACAGUGGGUGUACUGCUUUCAGGAAGGGAGGCGCGCUGGGGCAGCAAAGUGAUGCUGUAUGAGUAGAUUGUUUGGCAAGCAAGGGUGUGAGAAGUCAUUGCAAUUGUGUACUUUGAGGGCAGGUGGCACAGGCUGGCAUGGACCUCCUGGAUUGGAGUGUAGUGUGAUUGCAUGUUGACCUUGCCCUGGACAUGAACCUGUGGGAUGGAGGAGGGGAAAAGGAUGUCGAUCCUGGCACGCGGCACUUGAUUGUGAAGUGAUGCAACAUGAGGCAGACAGACAGUGCGCCUGCAAUGGGAUGGUCAUGUAAGUGCCUUAAUAAUGAGGAGGCAUGGCAAGUCCGUGCAGCACCUAAGCUUGACCUGUUAAACAGGCUCGAUAGACGGUCAUUGGCAAAGAAGUGGUCAGAGACUUUGCCGUGCGGGUGUAUGGGGGCUGCAUUCAAAACAAAAGCAAAACAACACUUACUAAAUGAUGAACCCAAAACGAUUAGCAUGGUGCUUUCCUUGAGAUACCUGUCACGUGCUACACCGUCAUGCAUGAAGGGAAGGUAGCAUUUUUGGGCGGGGCCCCAGAGUGAAGCGCCCAGGGGGCCCCUGACCUGUAUGAUUGCCCAUGUCCGUGUGUGUGUGUGUGUGUAACGGACCAAAC